AUUAUUGAUUCCUGGAAAUAAUUUUUGUGCAAAAUUGGAUUCUUCAAUCUUCAUCAGCUGUAAAGAUUUCCUCACAGUUGAUCACCAAGCUACAAAAGGAAGACAGCAGAAAACUAGUUUCACCAGCCAACAGACAAACUAAUCACAAAAUGGACGGCGUCCUUUUUUGCUUCGUCUGUGCUUUUGUUUUCACACUUCUGGUGCUCAAAAUUCUCUUAAAAGAUAACCAAACAAGCAAAAAAUUCAACCUCCCACCAUAUCCCUCAAAACUACCCAUAAUUGGGAACCUUCAUCAGCUAGGCAAAAUGCCACCUCUCACACUCAGAAAACUCGCACAGGAUUUAGGACCCAUAAUCUUCUUACAGCUUGGUGUUUCAUCUGCUGCUAUGGCCAAGGAAGUGAUGAAGACACAUGAUCUAGCAUUUUGCAGUAGGCCUCAGCUGUAUUCUGCAAAAUGGCUUCUAUACUGCACAAACAUUGUUUUCUCCCCAUAUGGUGCUUACUGGAGGCAUGUAAGGAAGAUUUGCAUACUAGAGCUACUGAGCAACAAAAGGGUUCAACCAUACCACUUUGUAAGAGAGGAGUUAUCUCAUCUAGUUCAUAGAAUCGCAGAUUCUUGUUCUCGGGAAAUCAGUCUUACAAAGCUACUUGGUUUGUACGCGAAUGAUGUCCUUUGUCGAGUUGUUCUUGGAAGGAAUUUCUCAGAGGGAGGUGAGUAUGACUUCCAUGGUUUCCGAAGUAUGCUUGAUGAGUAUCAAGACUUGCUUGGGGGUUUUAGCAUAGGUGAUUUCUUCCCUUCGAAAGAAUUUGUACACACACUAACAGGUCAUAAAUCAAGGCUUAAGAAAACUUUUCAACGGUUUGAUAGCUUUUUCAACGAGGUGGUGCAAGAACAUCUAGUUCCACACAGAAAAAAUGAGGGACAGAAGGAUCUUUUAGAUGUUUUACUUGACAUACAACAAGACGAUUUUAGUGAUAUGCCCCUAACCAUGGACAACAUCAAGACUAUUCUACUGGACAUGUUUGCUGCAGGAACAGAUACAAGCUUCAUAACACUAGAUUGGGGAAUGACAGAAAUGAUUAUGAACCCAGAAAUGAUGAAGAAAGCACAAACAGAAGUAAGAACCUUAUUAAGAGAAAGAAAAGAGGUCUUAGAAACUGAUUUACCUCAACUGCACUACCUUAAAGCUGUUAUAAAAGAGAUCUUUCGCCUACACCCCCCUGUACCUGUACUUGUUCCAAGAGAGUCCAUCAGAGAUGUAACCAUUGAAGGUUUUGAUAUCCCUGCCAAAACACGGAUUUUCAUCAAUGUGUGCAUAGGAAGGGACACAAAAUCCUGGAAAGAUGCAGAAACAUUCAACCCUGACAGAUUCAUUGGAAGUUCAAUCGUUUUCAGGGAUUUCAAGUUGUUACCUUUUGGUGCAGGAAGAAGAGGAUGUCCGGGCAUCACUUUUGGAACAGUGACUGUAGAACUCGCUCUUGCUCAGCUUCUCCACAGCUUUGACUGGGAACUUCCACCAGGAGUUGGAGUCAAAGAUUUGAAUCUUUCAGAAGCUUUCGGUAUAUCCAUGCACAAGACAUCUGACCUGAUUUUAGUUGCCAAACCACGAUUCUCCUAAACAUACUAUGAGAUUUAGGGGAAAGUGGGUGGUAGCAAGACUCAGUAUGUUAUGUUUUUUAGACUUUUCAUCGUCCAUGUACCAUUUAUUCAUGAAAAAUGCAAACCGAAGUCUCA